CGGAGAGGAGGAGCGGGCUGCGGGCACGGGCGGAGACACUCCUGCCUGGGGUUCGACGUGGAGAAUGGCCUGUCCGUCGGACGCAGCCCCCUGGACCCUCAGACCAGUCCCGGCUCCGGUCUGGUCCUCCAGGCGAACUACCCCCACAGCCAACGCCGCGAGUCCUUCCUGUACCGCUCCGACUCCGACUACGACCUCUCUCCCAAAGCCAUGUCUCGGAAUUCUUCUACCGCCAGUGAACUACAUGGAGAAGACAUGAUCGUGACUCCGUUCGCUCAGGUUCUCGCGAGUCUCCGUACUGUGAGGAGUAACUUUGCGGCGUUGACACAUCUCCAGGACCGAGCGGGAAACAAGAGAGCGACGUGUAACAGUCAACCGCCGCCGUGCAAACCCUGCGUCUCAGAGGAGCCGUACCAGAAACUGGCCAUAGAAACAAUGGAGGAGCUGGACUGGUGCUUAGACCAACUGGAGACUCUGCAGACCAGGCACUCUGUCAGCGAGAUGGCCUCCAACAAGUUUAAGAGGAUGCUGAACCGGGAGCUCACUCAGCUGUCGGGGACGAGCCGCUCAGGGAACCAGGUGUCAGAGUUCAUCGCCAGGACGUUCCUCGACAAACAGCAUGACGUGGAGAUCCUGGGCCCGCCCCCAAAGGACAAGGACAAGAAGAAUCGUCCCAUGUCCCAGAUCAGCGGCGUGAAGAAGCCCACAGCGAGUCCGAGUCUGGCCUCCUCCUGCUCCAUCCCGCGCUUCGGAGUGACCACCCCCCACGAGAGUCUACUGUCCCAGGAGAUCGAGGACAUAAACCGCUGGGGUCUGGACAUCUUUAAAAUCGCAGAGUUUUCCGGAAACCGCCCCCUCACGGUCGUCAUGUUCUCCAUCUUCCAGGAGCGUGAUCUUCUCAAGACGUUCCAGAUUCCCACAGACACGUUCUUGACCUUCAUGAUGACCCUGGAGGACCAUUACCACGGCGACGUAGCCUACCACAACAACAUCCACGCCGCCGAUGUGGUGCAGUCCACGCACGUGCUGCUGUCCACGCCCGCGCUACAGGCCGUGUUCACAGACCUGGAGAUCAUGGCCGUGCUCUUCGCCAGCGCCAUUCACGACGUCGACCACCCGGGAGUCACCAACCAGUUCCUCAUCAACACCAGCUCGGAGCUCGCCCUCAUGUACAACGACGCCUCGGUGCUGGAGAACCAUCAUCUGGCCGUGGGCUUCAAACUUCUUCAGGAGGACAACUGUGACAUCUUCCAGAACCUGAGCAAGAAGCAGAAGGACUCACUGCGCAAGAUGGUCAUCGACAUGGUGCUGGCCACUGACAUGUCCAAACACAUGAACUUUCUGGCCGACAUGAAGACGAUGGUGGAGACGAAGAAGGUGACCAGUCUGGGUGUGCUGCUGCUGGACAACUACUCCGACCGCAUCCAGGUGCUGCAGAACAUGGUCCACUGCGCCGACCUGAGUAACCCCACCAAACCUCUGGAGCUGUACCGACAGUGGACCGACCGCAUCAUGGUGGAGUUCUUCACCCAAGGAGACCGCGAGAGGGACAAAGGGAUGGAGAUCAGCCCCAUGUGCGACAAGGACAACGCCUCGGUGGAGAAGAGCCAGGUGGGCUUCAUCGAUUACAUCGUUCACCCGCUGUGGGAGACGUGGGCCGACCUGGUGCACCCGGACGCUCAGGACAUCCUGGACACGCUGGAGGACAACCGGGAGUGGUACCAGAGCAUGAUCCCCCGCAGCCCGUCGCCGACCAGCCCCGAGGAGCACGGCGACCAGAACCCCGCCCACGGCAACCAGAACACGAGCCCCGUCCUCCGCAACGCCGGCCCCGCCCACAAGCUCGCCGGCCCCGCCCACCCGCUCACGGCCGCCGCCCCCUCCGCCGAUAAAUUCCAGUUCGAGUUGACUCUGGAGGAGGAGAGCGAGGAGGAGGAGCCGUGCGACCCGCGGCGGGAGCGGCGUGGCGGCGGGUGUCACCUGUCGUCCCUGUCGCCCCUGGACCCCCGCGCCUCCAACAGCCGCUACAGGCCCCCGUCCCCGCACCCGGCCCGCGGCCUGGCCUCCAUGUCCGUGCGCAGCCCCCGCUCCCCCAGGACGCUCGACUCGCCCGACCGCGAGGGGGCGACAUAACGACCCGCGCGGCCUGUCCCGUCGCCACGGCAACGGCAAAGAUGUGCUCAGGUUAAAGCGCGAGUGACGGAUCCUGACCCAAUCACAGUAGAAAACGAAAAGAACAGGAAGUACAAAACACAGUACCACAGCGGCCUGCUCACGCCGCCGCCGCCGCCGCCGCGCUCCAAACAGGAAGUGCUCACGGACGCUGUGGUCGUCACUGUCGCUAAAUCCAAACAAAACAAAAUAAAGGUUUAAUCAGAACUUUUGUGCAGAGGUGGAAGGUAAACAAGUACACGCAGUAAAGUACAGGACUC